ACAUUUUCACUUGUUUUUUGGUUCCUGUUAUCACACUUUUUUUUUUAAUGUUUUGCAUUAUAUUAUUUUCUUGUUUGUGGCACUUGUUUCUCAAUAAACUCAACAUGUUUUUUUUUUUUAUUUAUGAACUUAUCAUCUAUUGGAUUUCGUUAAGGUAUAGCUGUUUAUGCUUAAAUUUUGUUAUCUGUGCUAAUACCGUGCAAUUGUUUGUGCGGUUUUAUUGGCUUCAGUAAGAGCCCAAAAGGGGACUAUUAUUUUAGAGGAGAGGGUGGAAAAAACUGUAGAUAAAUUCUAUUUAUACAAUAAUUUCAUACAUUAUUUUUUACAAAUAUGAGAGAUAGGACGGGAAGAACAAGAACUGUGAGAAAAGAUGGGUGACAAUCUAAGAAGUUGAGAGUUCAAUUUCUGUUUGAGCAUACAGUUGUAGUUUGAACCUGUUAUUACUCAUACUUGAGGCUGAUACUCCAGCAGGAGUCCUGCCCAUGGAAUUAUUUGUAGACUUAGUUGGGCCAGAGGGUUGAAGAAACACUUGAAGCGGCUCAAUGCCCCAAAACAUUGGAUGCUUGACAAGCUUGGUGGUGCCUUUGCACCAAAGCCAUCAUCGGGACCCCACAAAUCAAGGGAGUGCCUGCCUUUGAUCCUUAUCGUGCGAAAUAGACUAAAGUAUGCUCUCACAUAUAGAGAAGUGAUUGCUAUCUUGAUGCAGCGCCAUGUUCUUGUUGAUGGCAAGGUUAGGACAGACAAGACAUAUCCUACUGGUUUUAUGGAUGUUGUAUCUAUUCCCAAGACAAAUGAAAAUUUCCGUCUUCUCUAUGACACAAAGGGUCGUUUCCGUCUUCACUCUCUAAGGGAUGAUGAGGCAAAGUUUAAGCUUUGCAAGGUUCGAUCUGUUCAGUUUGGGCAGAAGGGGAUCCCCUAUUUGAACACCUAUGAUGGCCGCACCAUCCGAUAUCCUGAUCCGCUAAUCAAGGCUAAUGACACUAUCAAACUAGACUUAGAACUUAACAAAAUCACUGAUUUCAUCAAAUUUGAUGUUGGAAAUGUUGUUAUGGUGACUGGGGGAAGGAACAGAGGUCGUGUCGGUGUCAUCAAGAACAGGGAGAAACACAAAGGAAGUUUUGAGACCAUCCAUGUCCAGGAUGCCACUGGUCAUGAGUUUGCAACUCGCAUGGGUAAUGUCUUCAUGAUAGGCAAAGGAACAAAACCUUGGGUGUCUCUUCCCAAAGGCCGAGGUAUCAAAUUGUCUAUCAUUGAGGAGGCUAGAAAGAGGCUUGCUGCUCAACAUGAGGCAACUGCUUAAAUUUGAUUACAUAAUAUUUUUGGACAAUUUAGCUGUUUUAGAUUUUGUCUUUGGAGGCUGGUUUAAGUUUAGUGUGAGAAAAGUUUCAGUUUUAGCAUCACAAAUUGAGUUCAAUUGCUCACUUUAUUCAUAUGUUUGGUGAGAUGAUUUUGAUUCAUUUUUGUCUUAAAAUUGUAUUUACAAUCUACUGGUUGUGAUACUGAUCUAUGAUUGAUUUCACUCACACAAGAGCGAGCUUAAUCUGCUUAGCUUUUUAU